AUGGCUUCCAACGCCUCUCCCUCGCUUAACGGCAAGAUUGCUCUCAUCACUGGUGCCUCUAAGGGUAUCGGCAAAGCCUCAGCCAUCGCACUCGCCCGUCUUGGUGCCACAGUUGUCAUCAACUAUUCUUCCGAUGAUCAAGCCGCGCAAGAUACGCUGGCCGAGGUGCAAAAAUUAGGUGCAGGCGAGGCGCGUCUGGCGAAAGCAGACGCCAGUUCCGUAGCAGGCGUACAAUCAUUAGUCAAGGAAACUGUGGACACUUACUCCAAGAUCGAUAUACUUGUAUCGAACGCCGGUGUUUUGCCUAUGAAGGACCUUGAACAUACAACCGAGGCUGACUUCGACCGUACCUUUGCCAUCAAUGUCAAGGGGCCGUAUUUCCUAGCCCAGGCUGCCGCGCCGCACAUGGCGAAGGGUUCGCACAUCAUCUUCUUAUCUACCACCUUGACCACGGCCUCCACGGUCCAGCCCGGCUACCUGCUCUACAACAGCACCAAAGGCGCCAUCGAGCAGAUGACACGCGUGAUUAGCAAGGAUCUCGGACGAAAGGGAAUCCUCGUCAACGCUGUCGCGCCUGGUCCCACUGGAACCGAGCUGUUCUUCCGUGGCAAGAGCGAGGAGCUGCUCAAGACCAUUGCGAGUUUCAACCCCCAGGGCCGCAUUGGCACGCCGGAGGAGAUCGCCGAAGCUAUCGUUUUCUUAUCUCACUCGUCCUGGGUUUCUGGUCAGGUGCUUCGUGCCAAUGGCGGCAUGGCUUAA